AUGCCACGAAAAACGAAAAGUAACUGCAACGCCUGCAAGAAGCCCGAUAGUGAUCGGAUGGUAGCCAGCGAUAAGUGCCAGCGUUGGUAUCACUUUGAUUGUGUCCAGGUUGGCGACUCUGUGGCAGACCGGUCCUGGUUGUGUCCUAUUUGCGAUAUCGAUACAACGGCUGAGGCAACUACUGUGAACCUUCGGAAUGAUGAUGACAACAAAUCACGCGUCUCUAAGGCAAGCACCUCAGCAUCCGUUCGAGCAGCUAGAGCAAACCUUGAACUUCAACGUUUAGAUGAAAUGAAGCAGUUAGAGAUCAAACGUAUCAACAGCGAGUUGGAUCAGCAGAAGCAGGAAGCCGAGCUGGAAAAGAAACGGCUUGAAGAAGAGCGGAAACGCCGUGAAGAAGAGCAAGCCCUGGAAAGAACUCAGUUGGAAAUUGCAAAACGUCAACAAGAAGCUCUGAAGAAACUGGAGGAAAUGUAUUUGGCGGAAAAAUACAAAAUCCUCCAUUCCCAAAUCGAUGAAACCAGCAGCCAGAAAAGCUUCAUCACCAGUACCCGGAAAUCAAGAACCGAUGAGUGGGUUGAACGUCUACCAGUUGUUAGGAAGCCAGAAGAAAUGGAUAAGCCUCCGAUGAAUCCUUCCGGAGAAGACGUAGUUCCUGUGAAGAAUGUUCCUGAAAAUGAUAAACAAAUAAUCAUGAAUAAUCCUGUAUCGAAAAAUUCCGCAUUGCCCCGGGAAUAUAGUACUCCAAUAGUGAAGAACAGGGCCUUAGGUAAUCAACAAGGACUUCCUAGUGAAAGCACCAUUAAUCCAGAAGUAGAACUGCCGAAGCAGGAGAACGGCUCGAGAAGACAUCCGGAAAACAAUGAACCGUCGAAUCCAGUGGGUCGUAGAGUCCUCACUAAUGCUCAGCUAGCCGCUCGGCAAGCUUUACCCAAAGAUUUACCUAUAUUUACGGGAAACCCGGAGGAAUGGCCUAUUUUCUUUAAAAGCUUUGAAAAUAUAUCGGAAGAGUGUGGACUUUCAAAUACUGAGAACCUUAUCCGCCUCCAGCGCAGUUUGAAGGGGGACGCAUUAGAAGCUGUACGCAGCCACCUUUUGGAGCCUGAGAUGGUUCCAUGUGUAAUAGAAACUUUGCAGAUGCUGUACGGUCGUCCCGAAAUACUCCUUUCUUCACUCCUAGCAAAAAUCCGAAGCACUCCAGCUCCGAGGGAAGGAAAGCUUGAAUCGCUUAUCUUCUAUGGUCUAGCCAUCCAAAACUACUGUAACCAUUUAAAAGCAGUGAAACUUGAAGCCCAUUUUUCGAACCCUAUGCUGCUUAAGGAGCUAGUGGAGAAACUACCUUCGGACAUUAAGAUGAAGUGGGCUGAUUACAGUGAUGUCGCUGAAGAUGUCAACUUGAAACUAUUUGGGCAAUUCAUGUACGGAAUCGUAAAGAAAGCCAGUGCCGUUACCUAUCCCAGUGGGUCUACGACAACAAAAUUAGAAGAAAAUCGAAUCCGAGGCGGUACAACGAAGCCAAAAGGUUUUCUACAUCACAGUGACACGUCGUCUUCCACAAGUGUAAUUAGUCACCCCCGCAAAGUAAAAGUAUGCCCCGUUUGUGAGAAAUCUGGACAUGAUGUAGAGUACUGCUGUAAAUUUACUAAUUCUUCUGUUGACGAGCGAUUGCAAAUCGUUAGAUUACAUAAUUUAUGCAAGAGCUGUCUAAGGAACCACAAUCCCUGGCCAUGCAGGCGGCCAAAAGAAUGUACGCAAGAAGGAUGCCGCAUUCGCCACCAUCCUUGGCUCCAUUCCUUCCAAUCGAAUCCAAGUCCUCAGAAUUACCAUAGGUCGGACUGCUCAGUAAUAUACCGUAUCGUCCCAGUAACCGUCUUCAAUGGGUUGAAACACGUUGACACGUUUGCUUUGCUUGAUGAGGCAUCCGAAGUGACGAUGAUCGAAACCAGUCUUGCAGAAACUCUUGAACUAGGAGGUACUGUAGAUCCGCUUCACCUGAAAUGGACAGGAAAUGUCACUCGAGUUGAACAAAAUUCACGUACUGUGGACGUUACAAUAUCCGGUAGAGGAAAACUGAAAAGGUUCACUCUGAAAAAUGCUCGAACGGUUGAAGCUCUUGAACUGCCAAUACAAUCGAUUGAUUCGAAAAGUCUUACAGAACAUUACCACCAUCUUAGAGGAUUGCCUAUUGCCGACUACGACUCUGCCAGACCUCAAAUUUUGAUUGGGCUUGAGAAUAUCUAUCUGGGUACUCCGUUGAAAGUAAGAGAAGGGGCACAAGGACAUCCGACCGCAACCAAAACCCGACUUGGGUGGUGUGUGUACGGUGGUACUUCUAUACAUCGCAACUAUCACCAUGCCCUUAAUAGCAGAGCUGUUAACGAAGAUCGCGCGCUGUAUGAUUUAGUAAAAGAGUAUGUAAUGAUCGAUAAUUUGGGAGUUGUUCCUAACACGACUUCACUGGAGUCACAGGAGGAUCGGCGGGCACGCACUCUACUCGAGUCCACUACUCGUCGUAUUCCUGGUGGUUUCGAGACAGGCCUGCUUUGGAAAUCUGACGAGGUGAAUCUUCCAGACAGUUACCCUAUGGCUGAAAGCCGUUUACGGUGCCUCGAAAAGAAAAUUUACAAAGACAAAAACCUCGUAGAUCGCGUGAAAAAUCAAAUUGCCUAUUAUCUGUCGAAAGGAUAUGCUCACGUAACAACAGCCUCGGAACUAUCUUCAGCGGAUCCGGCCAAAGUCUGGUACUUGCCACUUGGUAUUGUUACAAAUCCUAAAAAACCGGAGAAACUGAGGUUAAUUUGGGAUGCUUCUGCUCGAGUGCACAACAUUUCCUUCAACUCAAUGAUGCUCAAAGGGCCUGAUCUUCUUGCGUCACUGCCUGCUGUACUUUAUCGAUUUCGUUCUCGUCGGGUAGCCAUAUGCGGCGAUUUGAAGGAAAUGUUUCAUCAGAUCAAAAUUAAAGAAGAGGACAAAUCUGCACAGAGAUUCCUUUGGAGAAACAACACCUCUGAAAAGCCUACCAUUUAUACAAUGGAUGUAGCUACAUUUGGUUCAGCCUGCUCGCCAUGUUCCGCGCAGUACAUUAAAAAUCUAAAUGCCGGCGACUAUAAACACCAAUUUCCAGCGGCGGUCGAGGCCAUUGUAUAUGGCCACUAUGUGGACGAUUUUCUGGAUAGCAGAGAUGACGAAGAAGAAAUAAUACAGCUGAUCAAAGACGUUAAGUUCGUACAUCAACAGGGAGCCUUCGAAAUCCGCAACUUUUCGUCAAAUUCUGCUUAUGUAUUGGCGCAAAUUGGCGAUGGGAAUGUCUGCGAGUCUAAAGAUUUAAACUUUGCAUCGCAGUCUGUUUUGGGUAUCCAGUGGUUUCCAGAAAGCGAUCUGUUCUCCUUUACACUAAAUCUGCCAAGCCUAGACACGAGUAUACUUGAUGGCUCAAUCCGACCGACAAAACGACAAAUUUUACGCACCGUAAUGAGUUUGUAUGACCCCCUCGGUAUGUUGGCAGCCUUUAUCAUCCACGGGAAGAUCAUCAUUCAAAAUUUAUGGAAGUUGGGCUGCAUGUGGGAUGAGCAGAUUGAUGACUCAAAUUUUAUCUAUUGGAAGCGCUGGACGGAGAUGUUUUGCCGAUUGGGUGAUGUAUGCAUCCCUCGAGCAUAUUUCAAUACUGCCGUUCCAGAAAACUGCACUCCAAUCCAGCUACAUACAUUUGUUGAUGCAAGCGAAGAAGCGUAUGCGUGCUCAGUGUACUUCCGCUACUAUGAGCGAGGUGUUUCGCGCUGUGUUCUUGUAGGGGCGAAGGCCAAGGUGGCCCCAGUGAAACCGCUCUCGAUACCGCGACUAGAAUUACAAGCUGCAAUCCUUGGAAUACGUCUAGCAGAUUUUAUUCUACGAAACCAUCAAAUAUCUAUCUCAAAGCGGUAUUUCUGGACCGACUCAGCAACCGUGCUCCACUGGAUCAACUCGGAUGCUCGCAAGUACAAUGCUUACGUUGCAUGUCGGAUUGGCGAAAUAUUGACAUCCACUGAGAUCACGGAGUGGAAGUGGGUGCCAACUAAAGAUAAUGUAGCAGACGAAGCGACAAAAUGGGGACAUGGCCCUUGUUUCAACGCAGAUAGUAGAUGGUUUCGAGGACCAGAAUUUCUCUGGGAUGGCGAAGAAUCCUGGCCAGAACAAAAGUGGAAACCAGCCAACAACAACGAAGAAAUGCGCUCGACCUGUCUUCAUCAUCAGAUAGCAUCAGAGUUGUUAGUCGACACAACUCGAUUUUCGAAAUGGGAACGUCUUCUGCGAACGGUCGCGUAUCUGUUUCGCUUUGGUUUACCGAGGACAACUGCUCAGCCCGUCGUCAAUAGGCCUUUAGACUAUCUGAACCAGGAGUUUUUGAAAAAGGCAGAAAUCGCGUUGUUUCGUAUUGCUCAGCAAGAAUCCUUCCCCGCUGAGUUUGCUUUGUUCGAGAGAAGCAGAAAUGGAAAGCCUGCGGGGGUGGUGCCGAUCACCAGUCCGCUAUACAAAUUGUCAGCGUAUAUCAGCGAAGAAGGAGUGGUUAAAAUGGACGGUCGUAUCGGCGCCGCCCCCAACCUGCCGAUCGAAGCUAAGUGCCCUAUUAUCUUAGCUAAGACCCAUCCAAUAACCUUUCUCAUUGUAGACUAUUAUCAUCGCCGGUACCUGCACCAGAACAACGAAACCGUCUUCAACGAGCUCCGCCAACGCUUCUACGUAUCCGGGAUGCGAAGAUUAGUCCGCACCGUCGCCUUCCCGCAUAAUUGA